AUGGAUGCGGAAUUCAUGGAUCAGCUCUGGAGUGAGCGCCACUACGGAACACCGCUUGCCAUCAUCUUCAUGAUACUGCCCACGAUCGCCGUCGGCCUGCGGUUGUACGCAAAGACGACAGCUCAACAGCCGAUUGAGCUCAGCGACUACUUCUCCAUUGCGGCAUGGCUGAAUACAGCGGGCUUCUUCAUAACAUUACUGGUGGGAGUAUAUCUGCCACCAUCGUAUCUCGAUAACCCCGAAGGCAUCGAUGUGCCGGUAUCCAAAAUCACAUUUUCCCUCAACCUCCUGUGGGCAGCUGCCUGCUACUCUUGCAAGCUCUCUAUCCUCUGCCUCUACUAUCGCCUUCUCAGCACGCCGUCAAGCACCUUUCGAUUGGCUGUCAAGAUCAUGUUUGUCUUGACAGCUUGCAUUGGCAUUGCGAGUGUCUUGGGAUUCCUCUUGGUCUUUAAAGAUUUGUCGUGGUGGUGGUCAAACGGCAUGAAGACUCACCCCGACGCGCAAGCGAACCUCAUCAGGAUGAACGAGGCUAUCGACAUCAUGUCACUCCUCACAGACGCCAUCCUCUUCAUCAUGCCUCUUCCGGUGAUCAGAAGACUGAGCCUCAGCAAAAGCAAGAGGCGCCUCCUUAUCGGUCUCUUUUCUCUUGGGUUCCUGACCUGCAUCGAGGUGGUUGUUCGAAUCAUCACUACCUACGGCUUCAACGGCGCCUUGGACGCCAUUCAGGUGCAAGUUUUAUUGAUGGGGAUCGAACCAGCUAUGGGCAUUACGCUCUGUUCUCUGCCCGUCUUUCUGAGGCUGUUCCGCAAAGGCAAGAACCCUUCCAGCGGCCGCAGUUACGCCUCCGGAGACCGGGGCAACUUCUACUCUCUCGGACCAGUCAGCGCCAAGCGAACAACGAGGGAUCCAGAUGGAGCGUUGCUAGACUCAACUGUUGGAAAGCCAAAGCCCGUUCUCGUGCAGACGGAAAUUACGAUACAUUCUUCCCGUAGCGGAUACAAUGACUCGAUCGAGUCUCAAGAGUACUGGAAGUGA